CUCAUCUUUUUGAAGCGUUAUCACUUCCCAGUCUCAACCGGACGUCGAAAGGUCCUUGAUUGUUGUUGCGAGAAAGAAUUAUUUCUUAGUUUAUUGCAAGCCGACAUCGAUGAUCAGAUGAAAUCGUUCAACCAAACAAUGGGCAGCUAUACCAUGAUUUUGUCCCUUUUAAAGAUGAUGCCUUCAUGCACGGCUAAUCGGCUGGGCAAUACAUUGAUUUGUGUUCAGAUGAAUACCCCAAUCGGAACAUAGUCUGGAUAAACUGAAAGUAGAAUAUAAACUGUGUCCCGCGAAAACUGACACCAGGACUGAAAAAUCUAGCACACAAGAUGAGUUGCUUCAAAGGACGGAUGAGCGAAUAUCGAAAUAUAUCUCUUGAUAGAUUUGAUGGUCCGAAUUUGAAUUCGACUGUAUAUUUUCUAUCCCAUCUUCAUGAAGAUCACACAGUCGGUUUAAGUGUUUCCAGUUUCAUAACCAGACUAAAAGAAAGCACUGAAGUAUACCUGUACUGUUCUGAUGUUACUAAAGUUCUGCUGAUUGAAAGUCCAAAAUACCAACAUCUGGAAAGAUAUAUUAAAACUUUACCCAUCAAUCAACCAGUUACAGUUUCCAUCCCUCAAACAUCUUCUUGCAAGGUUGAUUUUGUUCAGGUAACACUCCUGCCAGCUGCACAUUGUCCAGGCUCUGUCAUGUUCCUGUUUGAGGGGUCAGAAGGUACAGCCCUGUAUACUGGAGAUUUUCGUUGGGAAGCCAACCAUGUUUCUAAAGUCACAGCACUGCACAGUGGAGAAAGAGUGAAACCCAUCCAAAGUCUCUAUGUGGACACUACAUUUUGUCAUCCCGACUGUUUCCACAUCCCAAGCCGUCAGGACUGUGUGGAGGCUGUCAGUGGACUUGUCAAAGAGUGGAUAGCCAAGGGUCAAGGUCAUGUCGUCCAUUUUACUCCAAGAUCUCAUUACGGUCAUGAGCACCUCCUUAAAGAAAUCUCCAGUAGAACAAGUCGUAAGGUCCAUGUGUCUAAAGCCAAGGUAAAAAUAUAUGAGCAGAUCUCUGACUUGAGGAACAUCUUCACCGCUGACCCUGAAGAGACACCGAUCCACGCCUGUCUAGGGGAGAGAUUUGCAAGAGGUGAUCAUGACUCUCUGCCCUGUGGCUUCCAACCUCCUAAACAUUCCAAAUUAAACAAAAUGGUGAUCUUACCCUCGACCAUGUAUUUCACCAAGAAGAUGCGUCUGAACCUCACUCACAUUGUGGAGAGGACACGUGGGAUUUAUCGUGUCUGUUAUUCUUUCCACUCCUCCUACAAUGAGGUCCGCAAUCUGGUCACCUAUCUUAAACCUGGCAAUGUCCGUCCCAAUGUAAAGCCAGAACCAGAUCCAUCCUUAAGUGAGGUACAGAAGAGGCUAAACCAUUUCCUUAAGUUAGACCACAUCGAGCAGAAAUAUGAGACAGUUGGCAAAAUCUUUGGUACACUUAAAAAGAAGAAACAGAAAAGGAAAUAUACAGGAUACACAAAUAUGUGUUCAAGUGACUCUGACGACCUGGUGUUUGGAUCUCCUGACCUCAAGCGUAUGAGGAGUGAGGAAGGUAAUGUGACGCCUGUGAAGAACCAAGGAGAAGCUGGCCCAGCUCGAGACAAGGAGCAAGUUCCCUCGGUAUCACCACAGGAAGCUGUCACGCCAAUGAAGAGUGACAUAUCUGACGUACACAGCUCCUAUGCUGGCAGUAACCAUGGCGACAGCGAGAUGAGCGGAACUGGACUGCUGUGUGACUCUGAUGAUGAUCAGGAGGAAAUCAGUGGUUUCCAAGGCGAUGAACUUUCAACCCCUGCACAGAGUCUUUUAGAUGCCAUCGAUUCACAGAGUGCAUCACAGGAAGUGAAAUCUUUCCGAGUGACUUUCCUUGAAGAUGAGGAGCAGACAGUUGGCCAACAGGCGUGGGAGUCUCCAGAUGUUCCAGAUUUUGGUGAGGAAGAAACAGAAACACAGACCAGGGAGGAAUCUGUUGGAGACCUUAACAAUGAUAUGGCUGAUACAGACAUUGUGGGGGUGAAAUCUAGUCAAAAUCAGGAAACUAGUUCUAGAGAAGUUUUAGCAGAUUCUGAUGAAAGUUUGAAGUGUCAGGGUUAUCAAGGAGAUAUUGAUAGCUCGCAAGAACAGACAGACACAAGACAAAUGGUUUUAGGGGAAGAAACAGGUGACUUAGAGUCAGCUGGGAGUUAUUCUAAAGAAACAGGCGACUUAGAGUCAGCUAGGAAUUAUUCUAAAGAAACAGGCGACUUAGAGUCAGCUGGGAAUUAUUCUAAAGAAACAGGUGACUUAGAGUCAGCUGGGAAUUAUUCUAAAGAAACAGGUGACUUAGAGUCAGCUAGGAAUUAUUCUAAAGAAACAGGCGACUUAGAGUCAGCUGGGAAUUAUUCUAAAGAAACAGGCGACUUAGAGUCAGCUGGGAAUUAUUCUAAAGAAACAGGCGACUUAGAGUCAGCUGGGAAUUAUUCUAAAGAAGACAUAGCUGAGGAAGCUAAAGGAGGCCAGGAUAAAGAAGUAAAUCCAGUAAGUCAGUCUGAUAUUAUCCCCAAGGAUGAAUUACUGGAGGAGAACUUACACACAGUCAGCGGUAGAACAGAAAGUGUUAAUGCUGCCACUGAUGCUAAUUUAGGUUUCAUUAUGGACCAUAAUGAUGAGUGUAGUAGAAACAAAAUCGUAAAAGAAGAUUGCUCUGGGAAUUCUAAAAACAAAAUCGUAAAUACAUCAGAGGAUUGCUCUGGGACAACAUCUCUUACUAUGAUACAAUCCAAAAGUUCGGUAUCUACUAGUCAUUCUAAAGAAUGGAAGAAAAAUGGCAGCUAUGACUUGUUUGAAGAUAGUAAUGAUGAGUUUACAGUAGAUGAUAUGGAGGGAGGGCAAUGCCAAAUAGUGCCUGUUAGUAGUGUUCACGAAACAUCUGGGAAGGACAGGGAUUUUAUAAAAGGAAGCCAAAAAAGUGACAGUUUAGAUUGCAAAAUCAAUGAAAUUACAUCAUUUAAGGAUGAACUGAAAACCAAAAUCAGUACAGAAGAACAAGGAUGUGAAAUGGAUUCAGAAAAACGAGAUUUGUCAUUGGAGAAGUCUGAAGGUUUUGAAAUAACAGACCUAACAGAAAGCUAUGAUGAACAAUGUUGUGAAGGAGAAACACGGGAUGUUGAGAUGGUGUCACAUGUAUGUCAUACAGGGGAUGACCAGAAACAUCCUCGUAUGUACAAUGUACACAGACUGUCGUCAUGUGACACCCCGGGGACAUCACGCAGUGUAUGUCGGUGUGUUCUGGACGCUAGUCCUCAACCAGAUACCAUUUUAGUGGAAAUUCAGGAGGACAACGAGUCAAAGCAGGGGAUCAAACAAAACAGGCAGCUGAAUAAACAAUCCCCACAAAAACCUGCCUCAAAACUACUCACAAACAUACAAACUAACGAUCUUGUCAUAGCUAUUUUAGAUUCUGAUUCAGAAUCUGACAAUCAGGAUUCUGGUGUUCACAAAAUGGGUGUAACUAGCGUCCAUGGCUAUGAGUCGGACAGCGACAUCACCUUACCUCCAAGUCAGGAAGUCAAUAAGCUCAAACAUUUUUCAGAAGUGUGUCAUUUACCAGGUAGUAAGGACGAAGUUGUGAUGAUCAUAGAUGAUAAUUCUGAGGAUGAAUCAGAUGAUAGCACAUCUGUGUCUUCAAGCAGUAGUGAUGAUAGUGAUGAAAGUCCAAGGAAGGUUAGCCCAAGGUCAAGAUUGGACAUAAUCCAGCGUGCAUUGCAUGUCAGAAAUAAUGAGAAAGUGACAGGUGACAUUAUCGGAUACCUGGGCAGUAAUGUUGACAAUGACAAGAUUUCUGAUGUUAGUGACAAGCUUUCUGAUGACAGUGACUUUGGCGUUAUAGACCUCACACAGAGUGAUAGUGAGGAAGAUACCAGGGAAAUAUCCUGAUAUAUUCCGGGACGAGUCCUAGAGAGCUUGGAUACUUACCGGUGGUGUAUGUGUUUUGUAUCGGAGUUUAUUCAUUGUUUAUAUAUAACAGGAGAGUUAAAUUCUGUAUUUCUUACCUCUACAUGUACGUGCCAUGGUAUUUUCGUUCACAUUUUAAUAUUAAGAAAGAAUGAAAUAACAGCUUUUAAAGUAACAGUACUGUCAAACAUUUAAACAGACAUACAGUAAUUAUUUUGCAAAAAUUAUUUUUCACUUUUGACUGAGACAAAUUUUCUGUCUAUUACAUGUAUCAACCUGAAUGUGUUGCAAUACUGACUGUAUAAUGAUUAGAUCUAUCCAAUGUAAAUAUUUGACUAAAAACAACAACUAACAAAACUUAUCAUAAUUUAGAUUUUUCACAUGCAUAGACUUUUCCAACAACCAUUUAGGUAUUAUUUCCAUGUUUGAAAUAUUUUUGAUUGCACGUAUACUGUUAGUAGUUAAAAUCUGUUGAUUUUAUAAACAUACAGAAAACUUAAUUGAGUCUAGAUUUUCCUGUCUUUAGAGUGUAAUAAUUACUGCAUCUAAAUUCUAGAUUUUCUUGUCCUCGGUGUUAAAAUUGACUUUCUAUGUCAAUAUAAUUUGUUGAAAUAGAAAUUGAAAAUUGCUGUGCCUGGUUAAACACUACAUAGUAAAACUUUUUAUCACAAUCAUAAUUAAUGAUAUACAAUUUCCAUGCAUGUAUUUAUUUAUUUCUCAAAACAGUUAAAAUGAUAUUUUGUUAUAUCAAGAUGGCAUAUGUACAAGUACUUUUUUUAUAGAACAUUGUUUUCAUGUUAAGAUUAUUCUUAUUGAAGUCUUUUUGAACUGCAAACAAAUAUAUCCAUUGUGUUUUGAAAGUUUUAAGGAAUUAAGAUUUACAAUAUUCUUAUUGACUGUGUGAAUUUAAUUAUUUAUUUUGUGAAUUUGAAAGUUCUAUUCAGCAAUAUUUGCUUGGUAUUGAUAGACACAUGCACACAUCAUCAUGUCGAUGUUGAUAAAUCCACAUAAUUACGUUGAUACAACAGUAUAAUUUUUUAUGCUCUUAGCUCUUGAAUUUAUUAUUUUUAUUUUGAAAAUAAUUAUCAAAAUUUUUAACUUCACCAUGAUUGAUAUCUGUUGUACAUGUAUUUUGGUGAUAUUAUAUGUCACUAUGACAGUCCUGUAACUAAUAACUGUACAGUCAAUGUUGGAUAUUUUUGCAGGUAAAUAGAUACUCAUGAAAUAUUUAUAUUGUGAUUUAUAUUUUACAGGUCAUACUUAAACUGAAUCAGCUAAAUAUUAAAAUUGAUGAUAUUAACAUGAUAGGUGAAUAAAAUUUCGCUAACGUUUUCAGGCCUUCAGCAGCCAUCUUCAAGCUAUAGUUGUUUCUAAUCUCUUGGAGUAAUGGUAUUGUGAUACAGGCCUAAUAGAUAGUAACAGGAGGGGAGAUAAUAACGUUGCUGUCAAUUAGGUAUCACGUGAGUAAUAUUAUGGAUAAUGAGCAUUCUUUUUGUAAUAUAUAUAUAUAUACUAAUACUGUAAAUAUGGUUAUUUUUGUGAGGGAUUAAUCUCUUGAUUUUGAUAUAUAAACUAUAUGCGUGGGGAAAAUUUUCAUGAUAAAAAGGACUCUGCAUAAUUAGCGUAAAUUUCCCCCUCGUGUAAAUUUCCAUGUUUACAAUAUCAGAUGUGCACUUAAUUGAAUUUAUGUAUUAAUUUCGAGAUACACAUUGUUUGUUUGUGUAUAUGAAAUUUGUAGCAAGCAAUUUUAGUUUUUACCCAUUUAAUUCAUCUAUCUUUAUUUCAGUUAGAGAUUUGAAUUUAUAUUAGAGAUAUAAGUAUUUAUGUAACCCUGGAAAAUACUAGCCGCAAUACUGCUCGGCUAGAGAGAUCUUCUCUUAAGCUAAAUCAGUUGAGUGUAAGACUAGUAACCCAGAGGUCCUGGGUUCGAUCCCAAGUGGAGGCAGUGAUUUAAAUUCAA